CUCCUGGAUUCGGUCAGAAUCUUGGACCGGAAGCUUUCCAGACCUGAACACCCCAAUCCGGGCUCUUCGUUAUCUCGGAAUCACACAAUGGGAGAGCUGGCCACAGACCAGACCGCAGUCUUGGCGGCCUUCAAGGCCUCCUGUACCGCAGAGGGUCUGUUGGCGCCUCGAGAGGGGUUGCAAGAUGGUGAUGUCCCUGAUGGAAUCAAUGAUGAUGCGACGCUACUACGAUAUCUGGAUGCACGCAAGAUGGACCCAGAAGCUGCCCUGCAGCAAUUUCAAGAGGCGACCAAGUUUCACACCGAAAAACACGUGCUGCAGCUCUAUGACCGGAUCUCUCUGGAAAAUUAUGAAGAGACCCGGAAAAUGUACCCUCACUGGACCGGACAGCGGGAUCGCCAAGGCCAGCCCAUCCUCAUGUUUGAUAUCGCCCAUUGGGAUUCGUCCACCAUAGCAACGUGGCAGAAGACGCGCCAGAUACCCUGCAAUUCUGAUGUUGCUUCGACAGCAAUCAACCCCGUCAUGAUUCAACGGGCGGCAAUUCAUUUCGAUACCAUCACGCGGUUUGUGCUACCUCUGUGUUCGGCCAUGGCAGACCGACCCGACCCUGCCACCCCCAUCACCAAGGCUGUAUACAUUGUAGAUGCAUCCUCGCUCGGUAUCAAGCAGUCCUGGGACGUGCGGGACGUUGCGCGGGAUAUCAGCGGGCUACUAACGACCUGCUAUCCGGAGACCAUUGAUCGGAUAUUCGUCGGCAAUGCCCCGUUCUACUUCCCUCGGAUAUGGGCUUUUAUGAAGCACUUCGUCGACCCCGUCACCGCCGAGAAGCUCGUGAUUACGAAGUCUGCGGAUGCGUAUGAUACGAUGCUGAAGCAUGUUGAUCACGACAAAAUUCCGUCUCAGUUCGGCGGAGGAUUCAAGUUCACGACCGGGAUGCUUCCUGAGUUGGAUGAGGGUAUUCGUCAGGCGUUGCAGUGGACCAACUUAUCGAAGGAGGGACUACCCCCCGGGCCGAUCAAGUGGAUGGAGGAUGCCGAGGGCAGGAGAAGAGCGGUGGCUACCGGAAGGGUCGAUGACAUGCAGAGGACUGAGGAAAUUGCUAUUCUUCGCGUGUAGACUUACAG